GAGUUGAGGAAGCGGGUGUUUGCGUUCCAACAGCGCAUGCUAGCUAAAAAACAAAUAACAUUAUUUUACAUCUAUUUCUCAACGCUACAGCAGUCACCUCGCAUUAAUGGAGGUUAUCGGGUCAAUAGAGAAAAAUAAAGACCCAAGCCUGCCUCUUGCAUUUCUUCGCCUCCUGGUGCCUCCACUGCAGCUCCUGUCUGCUGCUAUGUGGCAGCUGGCAAAGCAGAAAGAUGUGAUGAAGUAUGAUAAGCUGCAGGAGUUUGUGUUCAUGGUGACAGAGGCAGUCCCUGGACUGAUCAACCACAAGCAGAGAGCUCAGCUCAUUCUGGGGCUAAGAGCAAGGUUGAUUCUGGAGCUUUGCAAAGGCACGGCUCGAGGUUCUGUUGAUGCUCCGGUGAUCCAGAGCUAUUUGGAUAGACUCCCAAUAACCUCUGCAAACACAGAUCAGUGCAGGGACGCAGAGGUGAAAGCAACAGAGUCCACUUUUAUUGCACUUGUUCAGAGCCUGCUGAAGGAUCCUGUUGAGAGAGCGUAUUUCUUCCAGGAGGUGUUCCCAGUGGAAUAUGGGCCACAAUAUGACGCCGCUCUACAUGUGUUAUUGUGGGAGCUGCUCUCAAAGCUGGAAAAGCUGCUCCCAGUACCAGACUUAAAACAGACCACCGCCUGGUUCGGCUCGGCUCCUUCUGUGUUGGAGGAAUGUGUCCAGUCCUCACCUGAAGAGCUGGGUUUAAUCUUCGAGCACUACAAAAGUAUAGGACUGCUGAAAAUGCCAUAUGGCCCUUCAUCCACCAUCGGCAGCUGCAUCAUGUCUGCUUUAUCCAUUCCUCCCUCGCAAAGGACAAACAUCUCUGUUGGACCGGAAUCAAUCCACAACUACGCUAAUGUGCUAAACCCCGUCACCUUUGUCGGGACAGAUCAGUACAGCGUUGUUGCUGUCUACACCGAGGUGGAAGCUGGAGCAUCUGAAGUCGAUGAAGAAAUGAUCGAGUCAGCUGAAGUGCAAGUUCAAACCGAUUUCUACGAAGAGGAGAUAGUGGCUGUGAGCGCAGAUAACGCCGGCGGUGAGGAGACGACCACCUUAAGGACAGAAGAAACAACUGAAACUGUGGAUGUCGCCAAAGCUCUGGAGACUCUGACGAAAACUUUCGCACUAAGGAAGGAAAGCCUUGGGCAAGAUGUAUUGACAGGAAAGAGUAAUGAUUCAUCCCUUAAUGACGAGCCUGGAUCAGGAAAUGCACCAGACGAAAGAACAACAAACGAAGGACAUAAAACAAGCGAUCAAACUGACGAGAAGAGAGAAAAUGUUGAAGAGGUGAAGGAGGAUUUUCAACAUGGAGGCACAGAGAGCAACAUGAACUCAUGUACAGACUUGGAGGAUGAUCACGAAGCUUUUUCUGUCCAUGAAGAAAUGACAGAUGUCCCCAGUGAGGAUCCAUUAUCUGAAACACAACAGUCUUCCAGUUCAGAGAAUGUGCGGCGAUCGACUCGUCUACAAAUAAAAUCCUCACCCAGCUGGCAGGAGAUGUGUAAAAUCCAGAGGAGCAAAGCUGAUGUAUCUCUCACCCCCUCUGUUAUAGCUGUCAAAGGAAACGACAAAGAUGGUUCGGAUGAAAUGAUGUCCAUCAUCUUCACCUGCUCACAGUGUCCCUUCCACAACUCGGACAAAAACAGCCCUCCUCACUUCCACAUGCAGAGUGUUCACUCUGAAGUGUACAGGACUCUCUCAGGAGCCAAAUUUACUCCGUCUCCCUCCAGCACAGAUGAAAUAUUUACAUCCAUUAAACUUUUACCCACAGGAAACACAGAGGGGAGCGAAGCAGAGCAGCCAGACAAUCAAAGCAAAGUCAAUGCAUCUCAAUCCCAAAGCAGACAGAGGGCCCUCACGUGUGAGACGUGCGGCAAAACGUUCACCCGGUCGUCAGACGUGAGGAGACACCAGCUCACUCACACCGGAGAAAGACCGUUUCUUUGCUCGCAGUGUGACAGAACCUUCCAGCACUCGUGGGAUCUGGCCAAACAUGAGAGUAAACAUCACGGCGUGGCCAUUUCUUUCUCCUGCCAGCUGUGCGGGAGCUCCUUCGCUAACCUCCGCGCACUCACCGUCCACCACAAGAAGUCUCACUCACAGGAGAGCCAGCUUCCUCAGAUCUGCUCCAUCUGCAGCCACAGUUUCUCCACUUCCUCCGAACUGCUGGAGCACAGGAAGUCUCACAUCAUCACCAAACGCUACAUAUGCCAGAAGUGCGGCGAAGGCUUCGAUACCCUGCUCGCACGCUCCCAGCACCGGCAGAUCCAUCAAGUGAAGAGUCAGUUUAAGUGUCCACAUUGUGAGAAGACGUACACUCGGAGAUCUGAUGUGAAGAGGCAUCUGUCCACACACACUGGGGAGCGACCGUACCAGUGUAACCAGUGCAGCAAACGGUUCUCGCUUCGCUUUAUGCUCAUUAAACAUCUCCGUGUUCACACAGGGGAGCGGCCUUUCCAGUGCUCCCACUGCCCCAAGAGGUUCACCCUGGUGUCUGUGCUGGCCAGACACGAGAGGAUGCACACUGGGGAGAAACCGUUCCUCUGCUCUCAGUGUGGGAAGGGCUUUUUAUCGCAGGGAGAGCUUUCGAAACAUCACAGGUCACACGUGGACGACAGGCCCUACUCCUGCCCCCAGUGUGACAAACGUUUCAAAAGCAAAAAAACCCAACAGGAACAUAUCGUCUCCCACACCGGGGUCCGCCCGUACUCCUGCGCCUACUGCGGGAAGGGCUUCACCAAACCGUACGCACUGACCAGACACAAUCUCAUCCACACAGGAGAGAGGCCGUUCCCCUGCGGACACUGUGAGAAGUCGUUUCUCACCCUCAGCGAGGCUCAGCUGCACCAGCGUAUUCACACAGGGGAGAGGCCGUACCCCUGCAACAUCUGCGAGCUCAAGUUCAAGAGCUCGUCAGAGCUGGCGCGACACAAGCGCAGCCAUUCGGGGUUGAAGCCGCUGAAGCCGUACUGUGAGCAGUGUGAGAAAACAUUCACGUCCAAGGCCAAGCUGAAGAAACACAUGGAGACACACAGCGAGGAGGGAGAAGCAGCACAGUCUGUGGACUCUAUACAUCCUGAGGAAAAUAUCAGUGAUUGAAACAGUGAAAAAUAUAUAACAUGUAUCAGGAUGCUUGAGUUUAGAUAUUUAGCUUUAUGAAAUGUGACAAGAACUGAUCAGGAGAGAAACGUGUGUCCACAACUACAUGUCUUCUUGACUAUACUGAUUUUACUAUCAAGUGUAGACAAGGUGUGUUUGGAACUGUAGCACUCUUCAACCUUUUUAGUAAUUAUUACUUUAACCCCAUUCAAGGAGGUUGGCUGCUCAGCUAUAUUCGUAGAGCACAGCCAAGCGGCUGUAAAUAUAGUGCUCCUGCUGUAUGGGCCCAAUGAUGCAGAAGCAGUGCCAAUCAUCCAGGUAAUUUCAUACAGCGGAAAUAUAGAGAUUUGGAUGUCAUGCGCCACUGAGCAACUUCCAUAGGUAUGAAUGAAGCCCUGCGGCCAAUGCUGUUUGCAGGUCUCAUAAACAAGUCAUUCUGAGGUAACGAAAACAUGUUUCCUAGUUUCAGGUGAUUAUACACUAUUAAAAACAUGGUUAUGAAUGUUUUGUUCCAUUUCUGCUUAUACAUCCCUCUACAUCCUACACACUGCACCUUAAGUGUCCUGAUUAAAUAGCUGUAUAAUGGAGAACAUAAAUAUUGUGAAAUAAGAAAAGUUGUGGGUUGUGCUAGGCCAUAAAACCAAAUCCUGUACGAUGCCAUACAAUGAAACGUACCUUUAUGAAGUGUAUGAUGUAAAGCUUUUGCUGAAGCCUUUAUUUCUGUCGUGUUGAAUUGUAUUAUACUUUAGAGCAGGGGUCGGCAACCUUUACUAUUAAAAGACACAUUAUUUGCCAAAAAAAAUGUCUGAAGCUGCAAAACAUAUAGGAAUGAAGGUAACAGUCUAAAUGAGCAUUCAUUAAUAUGAGUAAGUAAGUAAGCUUGCUACUUUGCAGUGGUCUAUCCUACUAUUAAAUGAAGAAACCUCUGUC